UUUUAUUACGCGACGGCGUUUCAACGAGCAUACGUCUUCGGCGAUUUUCUUCCACACGAGCCUGGUGAAAAUGGCGGAGCAAAGUUCCGUGCCGAGUGAUCUUUACAAACAUGUCUAUUCAUUUCUACUGGAGAACAAGUUUACCAAGGCUGCCCAACACUUCAUCAAACAAGCUAAAGUGCCACCCCAGGAUGAAAAAGAAGCCGCUGGUCUUCUUGACAUUUUCAACUUCUGGGUGAAGUCUCCCGAAGCUAAGAAACGCAAGGCGCUGCCCAUCGGUCCUGGAUCCAGUGACAGUCCGUCUGCUAAGAAGGCAAAGACUGCAGAGAGCUCCAGUGAGGAGUCGAGCAGUGAGGAGGAGGAAUCUGCAGCACCUGCCAAGGCCACACCCACAGCAGGCAAGGCUCCACGCUCUGCUAAAUCAGAUUCCAGCAGCAGUGAUGAUUCCAGUGACGAAGAGGAGGCUGUAGCGAAGAAACCUGCAGCAGCCAAAGCCCCAGUGAAGAGCCCAGUGGUGUCAGCAGCCAAAGCCCCAGUGAAGAGCCCAGUGGUGUCAGCAGCCAAAGCCCCAGUGAAGAGCCCAGUGGUGUCAGCAGUCGGGACAAAGAGCUCCAGCAGUGAGUCAUCUGAAGAUGAGGCCAAAGCUCCUGCAGCUAAACGAAAGGCUGCAGCCGCGACCUCUAAGGCAGGAAAGGCUCCUGCCGCGACCCCUAAGGCAGCAGCUCAGAAGAAGACUGCGAGCAGCAGCAGUAGUGAAGACACCUCCAGUGAAGACGAGGCGCCCACUAAGACCCCGGUGAAACCUUCUGGCCCCGUCAAGACCCCUCCAGCUAAAGACAGUAGUUGCUCAGACAGCAGCGAUGAGGAGGAGGAGAAGAAGAAGAAAGUGUCAGCUAAAACAGUCAAAACCACCCCUGCCAAGACUGUGACCCCCAAAGCUUCUGCAGCUGCUAAGAAGACAGAGUCCAGCUCUGAGAGCACAGACUCCAGCUCUGAAGAAGAAGCAGCAAAGAAGCCAGCAGCGAAGGCUACCCCAGCGAAGGCUACCCCAGCGAAGGCUACCCCAGCGAAGGCUACCCCAGCGAAGGCUACCCCAGCGAAGGCUACCCCAGCAGAAGACUCUGACUCCAGCUCUGAGGAUGAAGAAGAGGCUAAGAAGCCAGAAGUAAUAAGGGUUAAGUCCACAGCUGUCAAAGUAACGGUUACCCCUGCCAAGGAAGACUCUUCCUCAGACUCCAGCUCAGAGGAGGAAGAGGAGGAGAAGGGUUCGAAGACUGUGAAAGUGGCGCCAGCUACAGCAACCGUAACGGUGGCAGAGGUGAAGGAGCGGGGGGCCAAGACUGUGACUGUAGCGGGGGCCAAGGCUACUGUGAAGGUGGUGGAAGACGGCUCCUCUUCCUCGAGCUCAGAGGAUGACGAAGAGGGGACAGUGAAAGCAGCACCAGCUAAGGCGACUCCUACCGUGACCCGAGGCAAGGCUGCUGAAUCCUCCUCGGACUCUGACUCGAGCUCAGAAGAUGAGGAAGAGGCUAAAAAACCAGCAGCCAAGGUGACUCCAGCGAAGACUGCCCCAGCUAAGAAAUCAGGCUCUUCCAGCUCUGACUCUGACAGCAGUUCUGAGGACGAGACACCAGCUAAACCUGCUGCAGCUGCUCCCAAGGCCCCAGCCAAGGCUGCUACAGAAAACAGCUCGGACUCCGACUCUUCUUCUGAAGAUGACGAACCCCCAGCUAAGAAGGCUACCCCAGCCUCUGUUGCUAAAUCAGCUUCCAAACCAGCAACCCCGGUUCCUAAAUCAGCUUCCAAACCAGCAACCCCAGUUACUAAACCAGCUGCAGCGGAGAGCAGCUCGGACUCCGACUCUUCUUCUGAAGAUGACGAACCCCCAGCUAAGAAGACUACCCCAGCCUCUGUUGCUAAAUCGGCUUCCAAACCAGCCACCCCGGUUCCUAAAUCUGCUUCCAAACCAGCAACCCCAGUUACUAAACCAGCUGCAGCGGAGAGCAGCUCGGACUCCGACUCUUCUUCUGAAGGUGAUGAACCCCCAGCUAAGAAGGCUACCCCAGCCUCUGUUGCUAAAUCGGCUUCCAAACCAGCCACCCCGGUUACUAAACCAGCUUCCAAACCAGCAACCCCGGUUCCUAAAUCGGCUUCCAAACCAGCAACCCCGGUUACUAAAGCAGCCGAGAGCAGUUCAGACUCCGACUCUAGCUCAGAUGAGGAUGAGGCCAUAGCUAAGAAGGCUACCUCUAAACCAGCCACCCCAGUGGCGACUAAAUCAGCCCCAGCCAAGGCAGCAGCCGAGAGCAGCUCCGAUUCAGACAGCUCGGAUUCGGAGGACCAGGCUGCUGCUGCCAAGAAGACCACCCCCAAGACCACCCCCAAACCUGCAGCCAAGAGUCCUGCCGUCAAGACACUGGCUAAAGCUGCAGAGUCGUCAUCGUCCGAGGAGAGUAGCUCUGAGGAAGAGGAGGCCAGUAAAAAGACUGUGAAACCCGCUGCCGCCCCCAAGACCACCGCAGCAGCCAGACCUAAAGCCAAGGAGGACAGCAGCUCUUCAGAUGACUCCAGUGAUGAAGAGGCAGCGCCCAAACCAGCAGCAGCGAAGGCUACAACACCAGCCUCGGCUAAAAAGGCAGCCGAAAGCAGCUCCGACAGUUCCGACUCGGAGGUGGAGACAGAGGCCGCCAAGACUACGCCCGCUAAGCCUACUCUGACCAAUGGAAAGCCAGCUACACCCAAAGCAACAACCUCUGCAGUCAAGGUAACGAAACAGACCAAGGCUGCCGAGUCUUCCUCUUCCGAGGAGAGUAGCUCUGAGGAAGAGGCCAGUAAAAAGACUCUGAAACCCGCCGCCACCCCCAAGACCACCCCAGCAGCCAGACCUAAAACCAAGGAGGCCAGCAGCUCAUCAGACGACUCUUCUUCUGAAGAAGAGGCAGCGGAGAAAGCACCGGCAGCAGUCACCACUCCCAUCGCUAACGGCAUUGUAAACGGUAAGAGAAAAAGGGAUGGGGCCUCAGAGGAUGAGGAAGAAUUAACGACACCUAAAAAUACCAAAGCAGCAGCAACAACACCACAGACGUUCCCUAAAGUCUCUAAGAAGAUCAAUGUACCUUUCCGUAGAAUAAGAGAGGAGGAAAUUGAUGUGGAUAACCGACUGGCUGACAACUCCUUCGACGCCAAGCGCGGGUCGGAUGGAGACUGGGGCCAGAGGGCCAAUGACGUGCUCCGUUUCACCAAGGGGAAGUCCUUCCGUCACGAGAAAACCAAGAAGAAGAGGGGUAGCUACUGUGGAGGAGCCAUCUCCCAGUCCGUCAACUCCAUCAAGUUCGACAGCGACUGAGAACAUAGUCAUCGUUUGUCACUACCCCUCUUCCUCCCUUCUCGACCCAGGACUAUCUGAGGACCAGGACGGUCUGCCCCCCUCCCCCGACCUCCCCCUCAGCAGAAACCUGACUGAGCUGAAGACCGUGAACUGAACUAGAGCUGAGACUGCUGCACUCACAUAAGUGGCUGAUGAUUUGUAGUUCGUACGUCUGUGUUAAUUAAACCAGUCCUUUUAAAAUGCACAUUUCUGUAAUGGUGGAAUGACGCUGUAGAAGUGGAGACUAGCGUUUCCUUGAAAUGGCACCCAGUCAAGACACCUCCCCUCUGCAGCCUUCUGUCCUAAAUGGCACCCUAUUCCCUACGUAGUGCACUACUUUUGACCUGAUCGAAAGUAGUGCACUACGUAGGAAAUAGGUUGCAGUUUAGGACAGAAGAAAGGCUGCAAGAGGCGAGGUGUCUUGGCUUGUCUCCCCUUGUGCCUUCAGGACGGAGCACAAAGGAUUCAUGUACAACAUAUAGCCACCAGGUGGCGGUAGUCAGCCACCAAUUCAGUUAAAUAUAAAUUCAAACUGUUUUCAGAUUUCUCUCUCGGCCACUUCAUAUGUUGCUUGUUGUGAAAUUGUUAGCCUGGAUCUCAUACAUUCUGUCCAGUUAUAUAUUUUUUUUCUUCCCCCGGUCGUAAAUUUGAAUUCUGUUUCUUGUUUAUUGCAGUUUGCAUUGUGGGGAAAGGGGUUAUUCGUUUGGUUUUGGAAAGGAAAAUGACUGUUUUUGUCUGGAACAUGCAGACCUGUGGGUUUUGUUUUGAGGGUUGAAUGAAAUGUUAUUUUAGUAUGAUUUAUUAUGGGGUGAAUAUUUCGUAGUGGGUGCGUUCCAGGCUGACUACAUUUGCAGUGGCCUAACCAGAUCUCACGCCUGGAUAAGGAUUCAACCACUGCAAUGUUAGUCAGCCUGGAACGCACCCGUUUUAGAUCAGUAUUUAAGUUUUUUUUUUUUACCCUGGGAGUAUCAGGGAUCAUCCAACUGUUAUUACAAGCUGCAGUCUAAAAAUAACUUCCUGGGUCGUGUUCAGUAGGAUGCACCGAAACAAAACAUUUUGAAACGGUAAACUCGGUUUCUAAAAUAAAAGUAAUUCUGUUGUGCCUACUGAACAGGAUCUGGUUGCAUCUGAAAUGGUACCCCGUUCACUAGUGGUUGUAAGUAGUGUACUGUAGGGAAUACGCUGCCAUUUCAGAUGUGAAGUCAAAGCUGCCAGCCGAUUGGUGGUUCAGCAGCCAACCACAAGUUGUUUUUAAUUUAGUGAAUUUCCUGUUUCUAGUCUUUUCUUAUUGAGUAUUGUUAUUACUUGAAUAAAAUACCUAGUUGUUCCAAUC